UUUUUUUUUUAUAUUGCCAAAAUAUACAUUCCUUUUUUUCUUUUCUUUUAUCUCUUUUUCUUUUGUUAUGUUUAAAACGACCAGUAAAGUGUAUUCACAACAAAGGGCAGUUUUAAGGCCCUUAAAGCAUGCAAUGGCCUAUGAAGAACAACUUUCAGACUCAGUACAAGAAGAAAUAGAAGAUGAAUCUUACCUAGAUGAUAGUAACAGUAGUCAUUAUAGUAGUGGCAUUUCUCAAGAUUUACGCAACGAAACCAUGAUAUUAGCCGACUUUUUGUCCAGCACAGGACCUGAAGAGUAUGUCAAAGAUCAUUAUUUGCAUGACAACAAACAACAAUUGACUCGAGCUACACGCUUAUUAAACAAACUGCGUAAAAAGCCUACUGUACUUAAGCCGUUGACACCUUCACCUACACUCGUUCAAAAGAGACCUCAUAUCCCCAUCACGAUUGAUCAGCAGACUACUAACAAGACGACAAACACCCCAAGAAAGCCCAACCCAAGACAAUCCUUGCGUGAUUCAGGUGUCUAUAGUGAGACAGCAUCCGAAAAGGACAUUCAUGCACAGGCCACAGUGGCCCAUAGUCCUCCACCCGUACCUUUAUUUACCAGUGUCUUAAAUGACAUUCAGUUUCCUCAGCCGCCCAAGACAACCCAUUCGCCUCGACGUCCAGCACCUUUGCCUCCUGCUGUGGCUUCAGCAGCUAUUGUGAGUGCGAUUCGAUCUGUACCUGAAGCUGCACUCAAGCGAAGGUCUGUGCGUCUUAGGCAUGUUCAGGUGCAGACAGACGAUAGGAAUGGAUCCAAUGAGUCACAAGCAUGUCCUCAUUGUCGACAAACCAUUUCGACCAUGCGAGCAAGAAGACCUUCCUGUCCUCCAGCCUUAGCAUCAGGACCUCUUCUUCAAGAAGAAACAGAAGAUGCUAAAGUAUUAUUAGCCAUGAUCAUGAAACUCAAGUCUCAACUCGAAGAGGAGAAGCAGUGUCGAAUGAAGCUUGAACAAGCCAUUUAUCACAGGGAUAACCAUAAAAAACAAUUAGCCAAAGAAAAGAAUCGAUGGGCAGAUGAUUGUCUUUGGCUGAAUGAUCGCAUUGCUUUAUUACCUGAAUGAUCAUUUCUUGUUAUUAUGUAUGUAUAUUAUAUUUUUGUAGUAAAUAAAUCACUUAUAUUAUCA